GCGCGCCGCACACGUGCACGAGCGGCGGAAGCGGCGGCGGAGUUGCGACAGGUCUAAAGGGUUUUUCUUUUAAGGAGGGAGAAAGACAGGAGUGUGGAGGAAGGAAUAGAGAUGGCGGGGAAGAAAUGGCAAGGUUGAACGCGUGUGGUACACCGGGAACGCCGGGGGAAAGGCACCGGCACUCCGAAACAAAGGGAAUUUGCCUCUUUAUUUUUUCCCAGAGUUCCGCCGCCUGCUCCGCCGGAGAAACUCACGACUUGCUUUCGUUCGAGUUGGAUAAAACACAUCAGCUACAAAUACAAAAAAUCUGGAUACUUCUUCAGCUCACGAGGGAAUAACAAAAAAAAGAAAUAUGAUCAAAACCGAGGGCAAAGGAGAGAGGACUCUGAGGAGCGCGUCUCCUCACCGAAACGCAUACAAGGCGGAUUUCCACGCCAUCAAGUGCUCCUUUGAUGGAACCAAACCCGACAUCCCGUCCAAAUCCUGUGCUAAUGGGUCCUCCAGUGAACCCCGUGAGGACAUAGCCAGGGGACGGAACUUUGGCAACCGGGUCAAUAAGAUCAAAAACAUUUUCCUCCAGCUGGACGGUCAGCAACAGCAGGAGAACCAGGAUGCAAAAGCCACCAUAAAGCCUGAUGUGCCUAACUCCAUACCAACGAAAUUCCCACUUAGUAGCACACAGGUAACCAGCCCGACGAGCUCGGAUCCUCCAAGUGACAAGACCCCGAAAGGCGAGGACCCUGAAAUCGAUAAAGCAGCCUUGGCGGAGAAGUUUUCUGUGACUAGGAAACUAUUUGAGAGCGGUAUAAAGGAACAGAUUACAGUAGAGAGGCAGGCCCCAGGCAGGGCCUCUGGACGUCUCUCCCAGGGUAAUAAUGUGUGUGAAGAAAAGAGAGCAAGCAGGAAACCUGUGGGGUCGUCUGAAAACAGCAACAGCGUUAUUAAAACGGAUCGCAGCCCAGCAUCACCAGAAAGCAAGGAUUCUGAGGACACAAAUCAGGUCAAUCGAUUAUUAAAUGCAGGACCAAUUUCGAGAAGACUGGAGAAUUUCAUGGCAGAUAGUGAUCACGAGGAAUCUGCAAGAACACCAGCUAAAGCAUCAGAGAAGGCGUGUAGCACCGCAGAACAUACAGGACCAGUGUCUCCUGGACGAGACACCGUUUACAAACCUGCUUCUCCUUUUAAUGACCACUUUCAGAAACCAACUUCUCCCAAUAAUCAUUCCAAACCAGUUCACUCUCCAACUUCACCAACUAGUGACUUAGGAUCAAAGUCUAGUUCAUCAGUCUUUCAAACAUCAUCCAAGCCCACCUUUCCAACCACAAAAGUCAGUGAGGAAACCUGCAUCCCUGCUUCCAGACAUUCGUCCUCAUCAGCUGAAGGUUUUAAUGAAUCUUGUACAGGCACUGAAGAACCCAAAACUACCACUGUUUCUCCAAGAGAUCAAACGACUUCAGCUUCUGUCGGCAGUUUUUACAACAGAGUCAAAGGACCAGAGGUGGCUAAAAGUGAGUCCAUUAGUUCUCAAAGUUCGUUUGGAGACUCAGUACCUCCUCGCUCCCCACAGAACUUGGAUCCUACUGGAGCAGCAGUGGUCCGUGCAGAGCUAGUCAGGGUCCAGAAUGAAUCAUCCGAAAGCGAGGAGAUCGAGGACGACUGCGUGUUCGAAGAGCUGAAACUCAAAAGGGACCUCAGUCCUGAUGCACUGAGAGCAGGUCUAGCUUCAAGUCCAUCAUCCAAAAAUGACCUUCAAAAGGCCAGAGAGGUCAAGCAGCAGGAAAAGGCCGUUACUCACUCGCUGGAGAGACAACAGUGGGAACAGAGAGCGGAGCUGGAGAAGAAGGAGAGUGAGGAACUGUGUGAAGAAGAGGAGGAGGAGGAAGAGGAAGAGAGUGAACAAGAUGAUCAGGAUGAAUCUGGAAAUACUUCACCGGUGUUCUAUAGCUUCGAAAAUGCAGCAUUUGUGGAUGAUAAGGAAACAGGAGCUGCUCAGAAGGAAGAGCAGGAGGAUGAAGUAGAUGAUGAGGAUUAUGAGGAGUAUGAUGAAAUUUCAGGUCUCUCUGAGGAUGAAGACUGUUCACCCAGGAGGAAGAUACGCUUCUCUUGCUCACCAAUACGGGUCUUUACAACAUUCUCAAAUGAAGACUACGACCGGCGCAAUGAUGAGGUGGAUCCUGUGGCAGCUUCUGCUGAGUAUGAGCUGGAGAAGCGUGUGGAAAAGAUGGAUGUGUUUCCAGUGGAGAUGGAGAAAGGUGAUAAUGGUCUAGGUAUCAGUAUCAUCGGCAUGGGCGUAGGAGCAGAUCAGGGUCUGGAAAAACUCGGCAUCUUUGUGAAAACCAUCACAGAAGGAGGCGCGGCUGAGAGAGAUGGCAGGAUCCAGGUGAAUGAUCAGAUUGUAGAAGUCGACGGCAUCAGUCUUGUAGGAGUAACCCAGCUCUUUGCUGCGACAGUCCUCAAGAACACAAAGGGGACAGUUUGCUUCCUGAUUGGUCGGGAGAAACCGGGGACCCAGAGUGAAGUGGCCCGGCUUAUCAGUGAGACGCUGGAGCAGGAGAGACACCAGCAGCAGAGACUGGAGGAUCCAUACGAACAGUCCACGGAGGAGGACGAACACUACGAGGAGGAUGAAGGAGAGGAAGAUGGGAUCGUAAGCUCGAGUUUUGGCAGGAGGUCUGUGGAGCUAUAUGAUUUACCAGAGAAUGAAAGAAUGUUUCUGCCUUCAAAUAUGGAUACCACUCAGCUCAGCUUCAAAUUUAAAGAGCUCCAGAUAAAACACAGCAUAGCUGAGGCUGAUAUUGAUCAACUCAAACAAAAGCUGAAGGAGUCCGAGAAAGCGCGAACCGUGUGGGAGGAACGGCAGGAGCAGCUGGAGAAAUGUAUUGAGGAGAACUCGGAACGCAUGAACUACAUGGAGAAGAAUUGGCUGGAUGCUCAGGCUCUCUGCAAAUCUCUUAAUGAGCAGCUUUCAGACUCUCAGAACCAGUUUGAAGCUCUGGACAAGAAAUACAGCAAAGCCAAGAAAUUGCUCAAGGAGUACCAGCAAAAAGAAUCAGAAUUUGUGAAGAGGGAGGAGGAACUGGCGCAUAUUCUGGAGGAGAAAGAAAGCUCUUACAAGGUCCAGAUUGAAAACUUACAGCAGAGGAUCGAGGCUCUGGAGAAACCUCAGGACUCUACAGCAGAAAUAUGCACUAAAGGGUCUAUGGAUUUAGACAAUAAACCUGCAGACUCGCUUCUACUGGAUGCUGACUGGAGUGAAGUUGUGCCUGAGACUAAGCUUUUGGACACUAGUGCCCAUCGGGCCAAAGGCCUGCUAGCCCAAAAGUCCAGGCGGCAGCCACCAUCUCGGAAUAAACUCAGAGAAAUUAGCAACUCCUCAAUAUGCCUUCCUCAGGGUGAAGAGGAGGGACCUCAAAGUCCUCCACAUCGCAGGAGGUCACUACAGGAUAGUCUGUCCCUGCCCGUACCCAUUUCUCAGUCAGCUAAUGGCCAGAAGGUGGAAUUAAGCACUGCCCGACCUGUUGGAACCUCAAAAAGCACCACAGAGCUCUUCGUCCCUCAGUCUCCCCCUGGAACUAGUACAGAGAGCCCGUCCAUUUCCCCAAUAAAAGACUCUUCCCCUUCUGGCUUUCUCCGAAAUGUCAAGAAGAGAGAGUCCAAAGGAAAAAGCAAAGAGGUUAAAGAAGAGCCCAGUGAUGGAGCAGGAAAAUCUAAAAGGCGAUUCCCUGAUUUUGGGGGUCUUAGGAAGUCUGGUGGGAAAGGCAAGAAACAUGACAAAGAAGCAAUGAGAGCAUCACUGGACAGCAGAGGCUCAGCAGAGCUGCUGGAAGACUCAGGACCGAACAUCUCCCCCUCAGAGUCCUUGGCCUCCAUCCCAACUUGCAUGCCGUUCUCUUGGUUUGGUGAUAAGGACAAAGAGAAAGAUCGUGAGCCUUCAUCUUCCACCAGCAGUCUCCCUGCAGCAGAACCAAAUGAACAGCAGGACCGCAAAAACAAGACAAAUCUUUCCUGGUCCUCUCUGUUCAGUCGAUCUUUAGAUUUGAGCACACCAGUGCUAGAUGAUUCAAAACCGGGCAGUCCGAUUUCAGAGUUAGCUGGGCUAGUGAUGGAGCCCAACCUUUCAGGCCGAACUCACACUUUAACCUUCUCUUCCAGUGAGACGUUGGAUAAUGAGCCUUGCUCGGUGGGAAAAGACUACCAGUGGCAGAAUCGUCCAAUCUCCGAGUGGACAACUCAGCAGGUGUGCCAUUGGCUAAUGGGCAUGAACAUGGACCAAUACACUCCUGAGUUUACUAUACAGGGUGUUGAUGGGCUGCAGCUGAUUAAUCUGGACAGUGAGCGACUAAAAGUGCUUGGGGUCUCCAGCCAAACUGACCGUGCCACGAUUAAGAAGAAGCUGAAGGACAUGAAAAAAGCCCAGGAGAAACUGGAAAAACAACGUGAGAAACGUGGCAAAGAAGCCAGACGAAGCGGUAGAAUGCCAAGCAACAAUGACUCUAUCUGCUGAGGCCACCCUGAUCUCUCUCUCUCUCCCUUUUUCUACUUCUCUCUGAAGCAUUGAUGCACACUGGUUUGUGUCAAGCAGGCAGCUGACAGCCCUUUGCUGUUUAAUUCUAUAGUUAGGUGCAGGUGAGACUUGUUAGUGCAGUCAAUAUGGCAAUAUGGAAAUCAAUAUGUAAAAUCAGUCAGACAUUAAUUAGUAGGAACUAAUGUGCAGAGCAGGCAUAUAUUUGGUCUGACCCUUAUGUAUAAGUACCAUUCAUACCAGAAAACUGCAGAAUGUGAAUUCACACAGUCUGAUUAUUCACCUGAUGCUUGAAACCUAAAGGGCUCAAUGUAUAACUUGCCAAAUGCUAGACAAUUUCCUAAACAUUCUUAAAACGGAGUCUCCAUCUAGAUGAAAUCUCUGCCCCCUUUAGCAGACCAAACUAGCUUUAUUUUAUUUUAUGUGCACAACGAGUAUUUCUACAGUCUGCUGUUCACAUAUAAAUGCCACUAAUUUUGGAAUGAAUAUUUUUUUUUUAAAGAUUUUAAUAGUAACUGUUGACUGUCCCCUUGUAUAAACCUUCUUUGCUGGAACUUUGUACAGUCCUUAACUGAAAGCACUAUAUUUCUCUUUUAGGAGGCAAAUGGUGACAUGGUUUUUAAAUGUACACAUGAAAUAUUUUAUACACUAACUUCAGAAGAAAAAAAAAAUAUUACUGAUUAAACUUUGACACAUUUUCUACUGAGUAGAAUAGCUCGUAGUGUAAGACCAUUUUGCGAUUUGUAAACAGCAAAAAGUGUUUUUUUUUUUUUUUUUAUGUUGCUACAGUUCAUGUGUGUUUAUGGUUCUACUCUGAUCUUAGUAGACCAACUCAAGAUCGUUAAGGUUGUCACUGAUUUAGGAUCGAAGCAGGGUACGGAGUUGAGACUAUGAAUUGAAGCCAAUUGAGUUUUGGUGUGAUAUUAAUAUUCACUUUUUGUAUCCUCUCCUGUCUUCACCUGCUUUGAUUCCUCUUCAAUAUUAGUUAUACAACUGACCAAGUACCAAUAGAGUUCCUGUAUAAAAGGAUUUUUAUUGUUUCAAUGCAGGAUUUUGUCAGACCAUGAGGAAAGUUUAAUAUCCAGUUAUUUCUCUGGUAUGAGUGUAUGAGCAGCAAUAAUAAAUUUAUUUUCCCUUUUUUUUUUC